AGUACCGCGUGGCUAGGGAAGACAGAUGUAAACAAAGACUGUGUCCCUCUCAAAAACCUUCAAAUCCGGACGUUAUGCCAAUUUUUCCAGAAAUGUUAGAAAAUGUUUCUCUAUCAAGCCGACAGAAUGUACUUUCAUUGUCCGUAAUUCAAGAGGCACACCUUUAGGAAGCAUGGCCAUUCCUCAAAUUAUUGAGGAGGCAUGCCGUGAAGCAGAAAUCUAUCACAAUGCAGGAAUUGAUGGGCUGAUCAUAGAGAACAUGCAUGACAUUCCAUACACAUUCUCAAUUGGGCCAGAGGUGUGUGCCUCUAUGACAGCAGUGUGUGCAGCGGUGAGGGGGAUCUGUCCGUCUCUGCCUCUUGGAGUUCAGAUCCUGUCUGCAGCAAACAGCUCAGCUCUUGCUGUUGCACUGGCUUCAGGUAUGGAUUUUAUCAGGGCAGAGGGAUAUGUCUUCUCACAUGUUGCUGAUGAAGGCCUUUUGAAUGCAUGUGCCGGAGACCUUUUGCGAUACCGCAAGCAAAUAAAGGCUGAACAUGUGCAGAUCUUCACUGACAUAAAAAAGAAGCACAGCUCCCAUGCCCUGACUUCAGAUGUGAGCAUAGUGGAUACGGCCAGAGCAGCUGAGUUUUUCCUCUCUGAUGGGCUCAUUAUCACUGGAACAGCCACAGGGGUUCAGGCAGAUCCAAUGGAACUCAGAGAUGUUGCAGAGUCUGUAAGACUCCCAGUUCUUAUUGGCUCAGGAGUGACCCAUGACAACGUGGAACACUACCUUGAUGCUAGUGCAAUGAUAAUUGGCUCUCAUUUCAAGAGGGGAGGUGUUUGGGCAAAUGCUGUUGAUCCAGAAAGCAUUAAGAAGUUCAUGGGGAAGGUGCAUUUGCUUCGAAAAUGAAAUCCACCAAUUUGCUGCUAAAAUAAUUUAUUGCAGAACAAUGAAAUACAUUUGGUGGUAAUAAUAAAUGUAAUUACUGAAGUUAUGUCUCAUGUUAUUUAAUAAAAUACAGAUAAUA